UAAAUGGAGACAUUAUCUGUGUUAUGUCUUGCUUCACUCAUAAAAUCCUCUGUUGAUUCUUAGCCUUCUAAUCAAUAGGAUGAGAAGAGUUGGUAAAUAUGAAGUGGGAAGAACAAUUGGGGAAGGAACUUUUGCUAAAGUAAAGUUUGCAAGAAACUCUGAAAAUGGUGAACCUGUCGCUCUCAAGAUUCUUGAUAAAGAAAAAGUCCUCAAGCAUAAGAUGUCUGAACAGAUCAGAAGAGAGAUAGCAAAUAUGAAGUUGAUAAAGCAUCCAAAUGUUGUUCAAUUAUAUGAGGUGAUGGCAAGCAAGACAAAGAUAUUUAUCAUCUUGGAGUAUGUUACAGGAGGAGAGCUCUUUGAUAAGAUUAUAAAAUACGGGCGGAUGAAAGAAGACAAGGCUCGAAGUUAUUUCCAACAGCUUGUACAUGCUGUUGACUACUGUCAUAGCAGAGGUGUUUACCAUAGAGAUCUCAAGCCUGAAAAUUUACUAUUGGAUGCCUAUGGAAACCUCAAGAUCUCAGAUUUUGGGUUAAGUGUUCUGUCUCAACAAGUCAGGGAUGAUGGACUGCUUCAUACAACGUGUGGAACUCCUCACUACAUUGCUCCCGAGGUUCUUAAUGAUAGAGGCUACGAUGGAGCAACAGCUGACAUGUGGUCAUGUGGUGUUAUACUCUAUGUCUUGCUAGCUGGUUACUUUCCAUUCGAUGAUUCUAAUCUAAUGAAUAUUUAUAAGAAAAUUUCAUCUGGUGAAUUCAGCUGUCCUCCGUGGCUCUCACUUGGCGCCACAAAACUGAUCACUCGGAUCUUAGAUCCGAAUCCGACGACUCGUGUAACACUGCAAGAUGUUUUGGAAGAUGAAUGGUUCAAGAAAGAUUACAAGCCUCCAGUGUUCGAGGAGAAAGCUGAUUCAAACAUGGACGAUGUUGAAGCUGUUUUCAAGGACUCCGAGGAACAUCAUGUUACUGAGAAUAAAGAAGAGCCGCCAGCUGCAAUCAAUGCCUUUGAGAUCAUCUCAAUGUCAAAGGGGCUUCACCUCGAGAAUCUGUUUGGUCCAGAACAGGAAUUUAAUAGAGAAACAAGGAUAACACUCAGAGGAGGUGCGAAUGAGAUCAUCCACAAGAUAGAAGAAGCUGCAAAGCCUCUCGGUUUCAAUGUGCAAAAGAAGAACUACAAGAUGAAGCUUGAGAAUGCGAAGGCUGGGAGAAAAGGGAAUCUCAACGUGGAAACGGAGAUAUUCCAAGUAUCGCCAAAUCUUCAUAUGGUUCAGGUAUCAAAAUCAAAUGGGGACACUCUUGAAUUCCAUAAGUUCUAUAAAAAGCUCUCUCAUUCUCUGGAGGAUGUAAUCUGGACAAACAACGAAACGGGAAAGUGAUGUAUGAACGUUUGAUCUUUUGGUACCAACUGGCUUUACUUUGUUUAUGUGCUUUUUGCAUUUCCGACUACUUUUAAAAGGAUGAUGAGAGAAGGGUUGUGGGAUUGGUUUGUGUUAAAGACGUGUAAAUAUGAACUGCAAUAUUACUUAUAAUAUAGUAGCUUGUUACCCAAGUGCU